AGUUAUCGUAACGUCCAAAAUGUUUUGAACUGUCGAGUUUAGCUCAAACGCUAACAGCUUAGUUUUAUUUUUUUCGUUUCUUUUUGUUUUGUUUUGUGACCUGGCUCCUGUUCUAGAUGGGGACCGAUAGCUUACCAUGAAACUCCGGGUGCAGAAUGACAGGAGUGAUUCCAGAAGAAAACUGAAACCGAGGGAGUCUCCGACUGUAAUGCAGCCAAACUCAGGUGAGCGGGCGGGUCACGCACAACACGGUUUGUCCUUAAACCUGCAGGCAGAGCUCCACGCGGGGACUCCCGUCCCUGCCGCCGCGGCGGACAGCGCUGAGGUGCGGGUAUCCAUGACCGGAGGCCCCGGGGAGACGAGUGGAGGCGCUGCAUCCAGGAGAUGCAGGCUCGGCUCCCAUUCACACUCGCAUGCACAUGGGCAGAAUCGGUCACGGCACCGCUCCAAUUCAGAGUCCGAGCUGGACCCCCCCGAGUCUGAUGUGGACUCAGGAGAGCCCAGCGCCUCCCUGUCUGAACUUCGCUGUGUUCUCCGCUGGCUCCAAAAGAGUCUUCCUUUCCUCGUCAUACUGUGCACCAAACUGGUCGUCCAACACGCUCUAGGUUUGGCAGUUGGAGUUGGACUCUUUACAACCUUUUUAUAUGUGAAUAAAAACAUUCAAAGCCAAGUCUUUCUUCAGGGCCGUCACUCAAAGCUGCAGUGCAUAUGGCUGCUGCUCUUCCUCAGCUCCUCCACCCUCCUGCUUUACUACACUUUUCUCAGCGAGACACUGCACUACUGCCUGGUCUUCCUCAGUCCGACCAUCGAGCCUCUGGGUUUCUGGGAGACUCUUUGGGCCGUCGGCAUCACCAACUUGAUCCUAAAGUUCUUCUUUAUGGGAGUGAAGUGCCUUAUCCUACUGGUGCCGUCCUCACUGGUCACCUGCAGGACCCAGGGGCGGUGGUUGAUGUUGACAGAGGAGCUGGGUCAAGUGCACCAAGCUACAGCACCUGGUCCACUGUGGUUCCGUUACCUGGUCACCUACCAGGAGUCUGACGGGGCCCCUGGGCUCAC